GGCCGUUUUUCCGUAAUUGUGUCAAACUAUGAUAAACAAACCUAUCAAACAAAAAAAUUUAAUUCAAAAUCUAUUGAGGAAUUUCAAGGAGAAAAGAAACAACUCGAUGUCCAAGAGAUGUGAAUAUUAUAAAAUGAACAUGAAGCAAUCUCAAACAAACAUGGGUAAUCCAAGGCGCUUGAUUUUCGAUUUGGUCGAUGAUAUUCCAAAACCCAACGACUUCAAAUGCCGGUGUCAGUUUUCAAAUGAAAGCAUAGACAACAAAAUUGACUUUUACAACGAUGAGGGCUUCAGUAAAAAAGAUAAAAAUUUAAGAAACGAACUAUUGUCGACGAAACAAGAUUUCAGUAAAGAGGAGAUGUUUUGCAUAGACGAAGAAAUCGAUCCUAAAUUAAUUAAAACCAACAAAAAGAUCCACCGAAAAAGUACCUACACCGAUAGUAAUGGGACAACAAGGGUUGACGUUUAUUAUUUUGAUCAUGGCAAUUCAAGUUAUUUGAGAACAACUGACAGACCCCCUAUUGUUGCUACAGAAGCAAUUGCUGAAAAGACAGAAACGCAUACCACAAAAUUUUGGGCUGAAUUAUAUGGAACAUUACAUAUAGGAUUCGCGUUCUUUACAUCAUUUAUUCUUCAAUCGACUAGGUAA